CAGUCGUACUGUAGCACUCAAAUAAAAAAUAAUGGACGUAACGUUUGAGAGGUCUUGUCCAAGAUAUACUGAAAAAUGAGCUCGGCAGCCUCCGUCUUGAGAAGAGCAUUGCUCUAUGUCCCGGGUUCUUCCCAAAAGAUGCUGAACAAAUCACGUUCACUCAACGUAGACUUGGUUGCAUAUGAUCUCGAAGAUUCAGUAGCACCGCAUUCGAAGCAUGAAGCUCGAUUUGCUGUCAGGGAUUUUCUUAUGCAACCGAAGGCGGACAACAUACGCGAACAAGCAGUCCGUAUCAACGCCGUUGACAGCGGAUACGCAUUGCAGGAUCUGACCGAAGUGCUUAAAGCACCUUCCGUCGACACGAUCGUCGUGCCAAAGGUCAACCAAGCAGCUGAUCUCCAUUUCAUUUCCGAUGUUAUCCGCCACACACUUCCUGAUCAAGACCGCCAGCCAUCUGCUGGAUCCAGACCGCCGGUGAAAAUACUGGCGUUAAUUGAGUCUGCGCAAGCGUUAAUGUCGCUACGGGAAAUUUGCACUGCCUCGCCAUAUCUUGACGGCCUAAUCUUUGCCGCAGAGGAUUUUGCGGCUGAUCUUUCAAUCACCCGUACACCUUCACUCUCUGAAUUCUUAUAUGCUCGAUCUGCCAUUGUUACUGCAAGCAGGGCAUACAACCUACCUUCUGCUAUCGAUCUUGUUUGUACUGCUUAUAAGGGAGACGACGCCAAACUUUCACUCGAGGAGGAGUCACGUGGCGGUAAGGUUAUGGGAUUCAAUGGCAAACAGUGUAUCCAUCCUUCACAAGUUGAAGUAGUUCAGAGGAUCUAUGGCCCAAAUCUAAAGGAAUUGGAGUGGGCGGUGAGAGUAGUUGUUGGAAAUAAGAAAGCAGAGAGCGUGGGAAGGGGUGCUUGGACCCUCGAUGGGAAGAUGAUUGACGUCCCAGUCGUGAAGAAGUGUGUGGCAAUUGUAGCAAGAGCAGGAUUAUGCGGCUACGAUACUGGGAAACUCCUCGCCAAAUGGAAAGAUCAACAACCAGAGUAACUUGUUUUGCGAUCAGCAAUAGUUGAGAUGAAUGUAACAAUAUACGCUUCAUGUGCGGGCCAAAUCAGGG